UAAAAACAAAAAUGGCUGACGAGAGGGUGAUCUUCAACAAAGAAGGUGUCUUCCUUCAUAGCAAUUCAGACAGUUCAAGUGAGGACUCCUUGAUUGGUGGCACGCUUUACUUUGUGGAGCAGAUCGAUGGUUUGUACAUAGACUGGCGACCGUUGGAUGAUGAAGAUGAUGAACCAAGCCACAGUGAAGACUGGGCGGUCAUCAAUGCAGUCUCAUAUAAAUCAGACAGAGAGAAUGGCGCAUCAGGUGGUUCUGUUAUCAUGAAGGAGAGAGAGCCGCCACCAAACAUGCCUAGUCCGCAAAUAGAGAAGAAACCGAGACGCCAUAAGAACAUCAUCAAAUUUGAUGUCACCGAUUUGAAAAGCUUCCGACGGUCUAAACCAAGUCUUGGCUGGUCCUACCUCAUCUUCAUCCUGAAAGAUGGAACAACCUACCCUGCUCUACAUUUCCAUCAGGGUGGCACCAAAAUUCUGAUCAAAGAACUUGAGAGAUACUUGGCUAUAAAAAGAUCUGCCAAGGAUUCCAGGCUGUACUUGGUCAGGGAACAUGACCCUGGAGCCCUUCAUAGAUCGUUUGAUGAACUUCAGAUAUUUGGUGAGACAUCUGCUGACUUUGUGUCGAGAUAUGAUGCAGCCCUGGCAAAGUCUGCCUAUGCACUGCGUGUAGGAGGUCGUGCCCAUUCCCGCUCUUCCUUCUCGAAAUUCAUUCGUGAUCCAUAUUCAACCACUCUGGGUGGGUUCAGCAAAGUGACCAACUUCCUGCGCGAUACCCUCCUUCAACCUGACAUCCAGGUGCGACCACAAGAUGAAAUCGCUGACAUUCUGCAUGAAGAGUUGCCUGUGCCAGGUGUUGACAUCAACCAUCAGGAUGAGCCUGGAUAUGAGGUUAUAACAUGCACUGAACUUCCACCUCGACUAGAAGUAAAGAGGGGUUACCCCCUGUCACCUGGCCAGUGGUCCAAGCACAUGGACAAAGAGGGCUUCGUUCACAAUCUACCAGAAGUCAUGGAAAUAAUAUUCAAAGGGGGAGUUGAUCCUUCAAUAAGAAUAGAAGUAUGGAAGUUUCUGCUUGACACAUAUAAAUGGGAGUCGACAUACAAGGAAAGAACAGAAACCCGAAAGAAGAGGGUGGAUGACUAUUUCCGGAUGAAACUGCAGUGGAAAUCAGUGUCUGAGGAGCAGGAGAAACGGUUUUCCUUCAUGAGAGACCGGAAGAGCUUGAUAGAAAAAGACGUCAACCGGACAGACAGGACGCACAAGUUCUUUCAAGGGGAGAAUAAUCCAAAUCUCCAAGUUCUGAAUGAUAUUCUACUGACAUACUGCAUGUAUAACUUUGAUUUAGGUUAUGUGCAGGGUAUGAGCGAUCUGUUGGCCCCAAUCUUGGUUGUAAUGGAGAAUGAAGUGGAUUCAUUUUGGUGCUUUGCGGGAUUUAUGGAGAAUGUCGCUCACAACUUUGAGAUGGAUCAGCAGGGCAUGAAGACACAGUUAUCACAGCUUCAUACAUUGGUACAGUUCCUAGACCCACAGCUUUGUAAUUAUUUAGAGAGUCAUGAUUCCAGUAACAUGUACUUCUGUUUCCGAUGGCUGCUCAUUAUAUUCAAGAGAGAGUUCUCGUUUCCUGAAGUCAUGAGGCUAUGGGAGGUGAUGUGGACAAAUAAACCUUGCAAGAACUACCAUCUCCUAAUCUGUAUUGCCAUACUAGACACCGAGAAGAACACACUCAUUGAGAAUGGGUUUGGCUUUACGGAGAUACUCAAGCACAUCAAUGAUAUGUCCGGCCACAUUGAGCUCGACUACACCUUAGAAAAAGCGGAAUCGAUUUACCUCCAGCUUGCAAACUGCCAACGACUACCAAAGCAAAUCUGUGAGAUCAUAGGCCUACCGUACCAACCCACUGAUGUUAUUGAUCAAGAUGUCUCGCCAAAUAGUGAUAUGUCUCCACAAGGAGGUGCUAUGACACUGCCUUUACGGAAUGGUAGCACAGUGGACUCGGAUCAUAACACUGGUCCUACAACCCCUGAGGACAGUAGCAUUGAGAUACUACCAGAUAUUGACCCUGUAAACAGUACAAAUCCAGCCUGGUAGGCCGAGGCUUUUAACGGGAACGAAGUUUCAUAUGGGCCUUGUAUUUUCUUCUAACAUGUUAGCUAAGUAUUGACAGUGAAAAUGUCUGAUAAUAUUCAUCAACUCGAGAUGAAACCAAGUUUAGAAAUGAAGGAAAGAUAGAUAAUGAAUGGUUUAAGGGGUAUGUGGACUACUGAUCAACAAUUAGAAAACUGCCACAUUGACUGCAAAGCUUGUAGUUGCUAGGAAACUGGGUAAAAUGGCGCUGCUGGUGUUAAAUUGGCAACGUCCUCUUUGGAAAGUUUGCAAAAUAUCUCAUCCAGAGAAAGGACGAGGAAAAGGUAUUAUCUCAAUGUCAAAUUUCACCCACUUCAAUCUUUCAUGAUCUUUUCUGACAAAUAUGGACUUUGUGAUAUUUAAUAUUUGUUCAUGGGCUGUUUGUAGGGAUUGUGGAACAUGCUUUAUCUAUCUCUGUUGAUAUCUAUCCAUGUUAUUCUAAGCUCAGUAAAUUGGCUCAAUGCAAGUGUUGCUUUGAUGUCGAGUUUUGUUGAUAUGGUACUGUAAUAACGUGAAGUGCUGCUGUCACUUGAAGUGUUUUGGAGUCAUCGGGGUUCAUUGUAUGAUAGUGUAACACCCCACAUAUCAAAACCUUACCUAAAUCAACAAAUCCUCUUAUCUGGCUACUGAAAUGAUGUACAGUUCCUUGCACAUGUAUAUGAAGUGUGAGGUUGGUUCAGGUCAAGAGAUCCCGAAUACCUCUCGUUCUUAUCUGUAAAUCUCUGUGGCCAUCUGAUGGGAUUUACAAUCUUGUAAAAAUUGGCUUUCAUUCAUUUUGUUCUCGUCUUCUGAUGUGUUCAGUGCAAUCUUGCAAAAAAUUAACUGGUAAUCACUAAAAACUGAUUGUGGAGCCUGGGUUUUUCUUGAUAUAAGAUGCUCAAAUUAUAGAAGUGCCUUUUGUAGCCCUUGGCCAAUCUGUUCAGAAUGAGUUAAGUCACUAACCUUAAUGUGACUAACUUCUUUUAACAUCCUGGCCCUGGUAACUCAUUGGCUUAUCUAUUAUAGAGUUUUCUCUUCUAUUCGUAUUGUAAUCAGUUUCCACAAAAAUAAGAUAUAUUUGAAAUGACAAAUUGUUCGAUAAUGCUAUAAUUUAGAGCAUGAUACGGCAUGGUAUGUAUUGCUUACAUAGCCAUUAGGUGCAUGCCAUGUUGAAUCUCCAUACCAAGGUAAUGAUAAUGAAUUAGAGAUGUCAAGUAUCUUGGAAAGUCACUGUAAAUAUUGAUGUAAAUAUGCAUUCUGUACAGAUUGUGCCAAGUUGGAAUAAAUGCUGUAGUUUUAUAU